CUGAAAGUACAGAGUAUAUCUGUUGUGUAGUGGUGGUGUGUGUGUGUGAGAGUGUGUGUGUGUUUUCCUUGGCCAUUAGAAUCUGCCUCAUGUCUGCACAGCUGCACAGUGACCCCCUUACUUUGGGGAGCCUGCAGAAUGGGGAAGAGGAGGGCAGCUUCUUGUUACUGGAUGAAGAUGAAAACCUUAAGGUGCAAAGUUUGUGUGACUUCCUCAAUAAACUGGGAUGUAGCCAACAAAACUCAGUAAAAGUCCUCUGCAUUUUUGGCAACACUGGGGAAGGCAAAUCUCAUACCCUUAAUGAGACUUUUUUUGAGGGUCAGCAGGUCUUUAAAACCUCACCAUCUCAGUUCUCCUGUACAGUGGGUGUUUGGGUAGCUUAUGAUCCAACGCUGUCCCUGGUAAUUUUGGAUACAGAGGGUCUUUUGGGAACUACAAACAAACAGAACCAGAGAAUGAGACUUCUUAUUAAAGUCCUAGCCGUAUCAGAUGUGGUGGUCUACAGGACAAGAGCAGAAAGGCUGCACAAUGAUAUGUUCCAGUUCCUUGGAGAUGCUUCAAAAGCUUACUUGAAGUAUUUUACUCCUGAAUUCAAGUCACUGUCUAGUCGAUGUGGACUUGAUGUUACUUUAUCCAGUCUGGGUCCCGCCCUUAUUAUCUUUCAUGAGACAUCAAGGACAGAUCUUCUGGGCCAUGGCAGUAAGACACUUGGACAAGCAGAGCUUGAACUUCAGAAGAGAUUUCAUGAACUUGGUGCUACUCCAGAAGCCUUUAGUUCUAUUUGCUAUGUUGGUGUGAAAACUGUCGUACGACCUACAAAUUUCUCUAUGCUGAAGGAGGCUGUGAGGAAGCAGAUCUUGGACACAUCUACACGCUCAUCCCGUCCUCUUUCUCAUGUUUUCACAGCUCUUCAGAGGCUGACUGAGUGUUUCUCUGGCAGUAUCCCUGAAAGCCAGAUUAGUGUGACCUCCAUCUUUCCUGAUGAGUACUUCACCUGCUCCUUGCAUUGCCUCAGCUGUGGCUCUCGAUGCAAGAAUAGAAUGAACCACCUAAAGGAUGGAGUCUCGCAUCAAGCAAACAGUCUGUGUCGGUAUACUCAUGAAUAUGCCAAUAAAGUUCUCAUUUGUAAGAGAUGCUAUGAAGGGGGAAGAGAGAUGAUUGUCAUUCCUAAAACUGUUGCUUCUAAAGACAACCCCUGGAUGGGACUUGCAAAAUAUGCCUGGUCUGGAUAUGUCCUUGAGUGCCGUGUGUGUGGUAUUAUCUACCGAAGUCGACAGUACUGGUAUGGGAACACAGACCCUGAUGGAUCCAUAGUACGGCAGGAAGUGCGGCAUGUUUGGUCCCUGGAUGACGAAUGCACUAUGGACCAUCAUAAUGCUGCUCAGCGUUUAAUGGAUGGGGUCAAUAUCAUUGUCCAGACUGUGAAUGACUACAGCAUUGGCCCCAAAACAACAGUCACUUCCUGGCUGACUGACCAGGUGGCUCCGGCAUACUGGAGACCCAACCAGCAGAUCAAAGAGUGUUAUGGCUGCACAAGAGCCUUUGCGAUGGCUGAACGGAGACAUCACUGCCGAGCCUGUGGAGAGGGAUUCUGCCAUGACUGCUCAGACAAAACCAUGCCCGUUCCUGAAAGAGGCUGGGGCUUAUCUCCUGUGAGAGUCUGCAAAAAAUGCCACAGUCUGCGGAAAGUUAAAUGUCCAGACAUAACAGAAGAUGAUGGAAGGGAUUUGUUACCUCGCAGGGUGGCCGAGAUGGCUCAAAGUUCCUUUGAUAAAGUAUCGCGUGUAUUGGAAUACCCUCUAGGACUCAUGAAAGGAGCUGCACGUCCGAGUUAUUGGGUGUCGGAUGAUGAGAUUUUUGAGUGCCACGAGUGUAAGAAGCCUUUUACCCCAAAGAUAUCAAAACAUCACUGCAGGUCAUGUGGACAGGGUUUCUGUGAGUCGUGUUCAAGUAACAGGCAGCCAGUUCCUUCUCGAGGGUGGCAUCACCCUGUCAGAGUAUGUAACCCAUGCUUUAAGAAGACUGUGGAGCUCUGAGGUGUAGAGACCUGGAAAAGUGGAAAAGAAGUGUUCAUUUGGAACAAUAUUUGGUGGCAACAAAUUAAUGAAAUGGCCACCUGCUUUUGGAAUUGAGAAUGCUGACUUUAUUCCUAGAGAUUCCAUUGCCUAAAUUUAUACUUAGUGAAGGCGACAGGGUUCAUUUACCAAUCCCACAGGCAGUAAGCACAGGACUCUGUGUACUUAGUGACCCCUGAUGCUUUUUAGUAGGGUUCACCGAAUACAGGAUUCCAGGGUCCGACUGGGGGGCCCAGGGACCACCGGGACUACUUUCCAGGGCCCCCAGACCCCCCCUACUGUGACUGCUUGGAGGCGCUGCUUGGCACACCUGCGUUCGGUGCAUCUGCACGAAUGGUGCUGCGUGUAUGUGCAGAUGACGCUGCGCGGCGCCUAAAGAAAACAAUCUACAAUUGGACAAUUUGAUCGGGUGAGGGGUCUGGUCCCAUUAAGAGUCGGGGUCCACCGGGUUUUUCCCAGUGUCCCGACGGGCCAGUCUGACUUUUUCAGCAGUAUUUGGAUUUUGCAGAAUC